AUGCAGGACGCAGUGCACUGGCAGACGAGCGAGUUGGCGUGUGCCAUCAAGUACCGAUUGCUGGCGGGCGAGGCAGCAGAAGGAUACAAGGAUGGAUUGGUGGCGCGUGUCGGCGUUCCCAGCGAGUACGUGGCGCCACUAGUGGACCGAGCAUUCGCACUGCACCCCGCAAUGUACACCGUCGUAUCAGAAGACGGCAGUGAUCUCCCGGAUCUGAUCUGGGACGAGUAUGAAAAUCUGGACUGGAAAAAUGUCCUGGCUGGAAAGGUGGUGGCCAACGCCUACUGCGUCCGCAAAGGGCUCUCACGGAAGGCACAGCUGUCGAUCUACCUGUCCAAGUACAUUAUGAAGCACCCGGACUGCAUGCUGAGUAAGGCUCUUCCACGCACCAUUGUGGUGGACACCUGGGAAGCUUACGAUGAGAGUAUGGCCCAGUUCGGCAUCUCCUUUCGUCAGCGUCUGGACUCGUGUCUGUGGGAGGUAAGGCAAACACUCGAGAACGAGAACAAUACGUGGAUCAUGAAACCCAGUGCUACCAACAAGGGCGCUGAGGUUAAUGUGAUCAAAGACUUCAAGAAGCUACGUAGCAUUGUCAACGAGUGGACCGACAUCCGCGAGUGGGUUGUCCAGGAGUAUAUCCAGCGGCCACUGUUGCUGCGUGGCCGCAAGUUCCACAUCCGCGUGUAUGUUCUCGCGGUUGGUGGUCUAAAGGUGUUCGUGUACCAGCACUGCCUUGUGCUUUGCGCUCUGGAGCAAUACCGUGAGGCUGAUACGGACAACAACUACUCGCACAUCACCAACACUUUCCAGCAACAGAGCCACCCAGACUUUGUUGAGAGCGAAUGCGUGCUGUUACUGGACGACAUUGAAGGCAUUCUGGCUGAGCAAGGCAUCGCUGAUCCUGCCGGCAAGAAGGCGAAGAUUCUUGCUGACAUUGGCCAGAUCACAGCCGAGACAUUCGACGCUUACAAGGGCGAGUUCUCGGUUUUCCAGCCACUUCCGAACUGCUUCGAGAUUUACGGCGUCGACUUCAUGGUUGACGAGGACUUCAACGUGUGGCUGCUGGAAUUCAACCCCGGUCCGGAUUUCAAGCAAACGGGUGAUCGUCUGCACUUUGUUAUUCGGGAUCUGAUGGCAGACACGCUGAGCGUUGUUACGAACGAAUUCUUCUCUGAGGAUAAGGAUUCGUCUGUUAAGAACGCUGAGAUUGGGGCUUUUGCUAAGGUGUAUGACCAGCAAUGGGGAGCUCUUUCCAAAGGCUCAUCCAUGAAGUUUGUUGAGUAGAUUUUGUGAUCAGCAUACCAUCUAAUAGAGAUCAAUACGAGCAAUUGCGUUUUUGACAGACCCCA